AUGACGGUGUAUCAGUGCGCGGCUGGGCGCGCGGCCUGGGCGGAGGCGGCGGCGCUCUCAGUGGGCGGCGGGUGCGCGGGCGCAGGCGGCGCGGCGCGGCGCUGCUCCGUGCUCGGCGACCAUCCCGGGGCAAGGAAGGGCCAGGCCGGCAAAUGGCACAGGAACAACCGGGUGCGAGACGCUUCGUACGGUUCUUCGUCGGAUUCGGACGGCGAGGCGGAUGGCGUGGCCGGCGACACGUGGGGCGUCGCACGGCUGCUCUACGCCGGACUCGGCACGCUCGCACUCGGCCUCGUCGUUUACUUUGUCGGCACCGGCGACAAGGGUUUCAAGACUCCAGCGCUACGCCUGGUGGGCCCGUCGCUCAUUAUCGCAGGUCUGGCCUGCUGUUUGCUGCGUAUUCUCUUCUGCAUAUUUGCGAAGCCUUGCUGUCGACGGCGAACCAUCUACAAGGAGAACAGAAGACUGUCUGGGUGCGGGGAAGGCGAGGAAAUGCCUUUGGCGGGGAGUGCUGGGGGCGGCACGGGAGGUGGGUCGGGAGGCGUGCGCGCCGGGCCCGCGCAGUGCUCGCCCGCGCGCCGCCUCGACGCCUCUUCUUGCGACGUCUCCUCGCUGUCCAGCGGCGAGGAGGACGAGCGUCUGCGCCGGUACCGCACAGCCUCGCUGCACCCACCUCCACUACAUCAGGUCACGCCGCACCAGGGGGCGAGCUCUCCAAAUGGGUUACAUCAGAGCGGGUCACACCACAGCGCCCUGCAGCGAAGCGGGUCUCAGCACAGUCCGGUGGCGGGACCUGCUCUCACCGUGGCACCACAAAGCGUGCCCGCGUCUCCAAGCCCGGGGGCGCAGGCGCCUCCCCUGCCGAGUGCGAUGGCCGGUGCACCCUCACGCCGCCCGCCCCCGCGCAACGUCUCCUUUGCCGGUGGACCCGACGGAGAACUCGUGCUUAGCCCCGCACAGCUACGCUCCUAACCCUCAAGCAAUAAAGGUUUUCGCAAUACUCCCUUUUUUACCAAGAUACUCUUCGGACGAUGUGACUAUAUCGAUGCGAACCGCUACGAAUAUAGGUUUUGUGAUAGCGUGAGACUCUUGACAGUUUUUAAGUGAAUUUUCUAUUCGAUAAGCUACGAGGUCGUUGAUUUAUUUGCACGUUUGGAUAAUAUUCUCGCAAACUCCUAUCGAUACUCGUAACUAACUUUAAGUAUAAUUUGCUAGAACUAACUUGACUGUUUUGGAAUGCCUACAUUAGUGUGUGUUGUGUAACGAAAUACAUGAAAAUCUAUUUGAAUUUGUAAAGAAAAUUUUACACAGACCAAUCUACUGUCUAAGUAAUGAUAUCCAAUUUUUUCUUCCUGUCACAUUGGAAUAGUUGCUUGUAUUUUGUUACACUUCAUUACUAUAGAUAUGUUCAGUUUAUGUGGCAGAAUGCUUCGACUGCAUGUUUAUUGAGCAACGAGUGACAAAGGGUCUGCCAGACCAAACGUAAGUGACUUGCAUGGUUAUGCCACAAACGUGACGUUCGAAAACUGAUCUGGCAACACCUUAACUAUUUUACCGUAGUACUCGUACCAUGUAAGUGUAAGCGUUAAUUUUAACUGUGUAGCUAAUUACUGAAUGUGCUAGAUCCCUCCAUCUCAGCCGACUAGUAGACGCCGUGCUGCACGACGGGGUGUGGUAUUGACGACCAAACUUUUAUAUAAUUGUUACGAUAUAGUAUUUACAUUAUAGACCACUUUAUAUUUACAUCUCAAUACUUAUUUAAACAGAAUUUUAUUUAUAUCGGCUGGUAUCCCGGCCGAUUACUUUCACUUACAAAGUAAUAUAUAAAAAUUAGAAUGAUUUACAAGUUUAAGUAUGUUCCUAGAAUGGGCAGUGGUCCUGUGAAGACCAAUAUGAGUCUGGUAUUUAAUGUACGAAUAAAGUUCGGUUGAGCGUCCAAUGAAGAAUGAGAACAAUACGUGACAGUCCAUCCAAAGAUAUUUAAGACGUUCAUGGUAGACAGUAGAAUAAUUUAUUAGUAGAGAUACAAGACCACACCCCGUAGCACUCGGAAGCUAAAUAGUAAAUGUAAUUAUAAACGAUUGUUUUAAAACUGCCUACUUACUACUAGACGCGAAUUUAUACUUAAAUAUAAAAUUCAUAAAAAUAGAUUUAUAACUGACAAUAAUGAUUGUUAACUGAUGUAUAAAAUGUUAUGGCGUAUGUGCGUUGAUUUUAUUUUGAUUAUGUCCAACAAAUCGUGAGUAGUUCAAGCGCCGAGUACCGACACCCGACUCUGUGUGUCUAUGGGCACACAAAGGAGGAACGUUCCUUUGCAGCUUAGUCGAGCGCUUCAUUUUGUACGAUAAACUAACUUGGCGAGUGAACUACGUAUAUACACCAAAGGAUAUAAUAUAAUAGUUAGCUAAUUACAUAAAGGUUGGUGUAUAGCAAGUGAUACUGUGUAACAGUAAUGUUUUUAUGUGUAAGUAACUACGGUAAAUUAAAUAAUACAUACAUGUGUGUUACGCGUGCAUUGUAUAUGGCACAAUAUAGUGAUUACUGUUUAUAAAUAUAUAAUAUAUUUUAGAAAUAUUUGCACCAUUAGUAGUGAAAUAUUAAAAUGUAUAUCUGCAGAUUUUAGCUAGAGUAUUGUGGAAGACACUGAACGAAGUGUCAUAAAAUAAAACAUAUUUUGAAAAUUAUGUUUCUGUAGACGAAACAGAAAAUUAUUAUAAAAGUUUUUGAUUAGUUUUUUGUCAAUUAUAUAUUUGUAAUCAAAUUAAAGUAGUUACUUUGAAUUGUUUAAAUCUAAGGAGGGUCAAUUACUUACGUAUUAUUUUCGGGAUAAGAUUCGCUUUGUUUUACUUGCUGUCUGUAUCCAGCACUACAUGUACUUACUAAUGCAUAGAUUACUCCAUUUAAUUAUAAAGUCAUCGUAACCGUUGGUAUGCUUUACGUCAAUAAAUUCUGGAUAGCAAUAUAAUACAAAUUAAUAUCUAUAUUCGUAUUUGUUUAUUAAAUUAUAUAUUUUUAUUGUUGUUAUGUCAACAAACUUAUUCCGACUUAAUGCUAUUGGCGACUAGGUGAGUAUGCACGCCAUAAUAGACGUUAUGGCCACAAAAAAUUCACGUUGCCUAAAUUAAAUUUCGUAUAAAAUAAUUUCGACAUCAAAAACAUAAUAGACGUACAUAGAUGUUAAGAAAAAUAUGAGCUUCGUUUAGACUAACUGGCUUGUAUAACAAAGUGUUGUGUACAUUAACGAAAUAGAUGAUCCAUUGAACAUUGUCACUCCUUGCAUCUCUUCAUACUUCGUAGUUGAUUAGGUUUUGUCGUGUGUACAUCUUGGUUUGAACAUCACCUGGUAUGAAACAAUAUUUUCGCUUCACGUUUGAUUAUUACGAUCUAAGCGCACAUAAAACUGGUGACAGGGUUCAUUUAUUUUUGUCUACAAGCAGACGAGUUUUCAUUUACUUGUUAGAAACUACAUCACUUCUAUUUUACGAAGGAAAAUUCGUCUGCUUAUUUACGUAUAUAAAAAUUAUAUAGAUCGUUUUAUAGAAAAACUGUAAUAUUGACAUAAUUAAACUUUCACUUCACAGUUCGUACUGAAAACACCAAUGUUUAAAAUUAAGAAAAUAAAUUUGUUUCUCCAAAUGAAAAUGUGUAAAUAAGAUACAAAUGAUAAUAUCGAACCUUGAUCUGUUUCCGAUAAUAUAAUAAUGCUAUACACCAAUAAACAUUUUGUUCCUUUACAAUUUACGACCAUGUACCUAUUUAAGAUACCAAACUAUAUAAUUUGCGCCGACUGCAGAAAUUGAAAUGUUUUAUUUAUAACAGACCAUGUACCCUGAAAUAUCCAGGUUACGAAAAGAUAGUGUUUUCACAAGGUUUAUAUAUAUUUUAAUAUUUUAGUAUAUUCGUGCUUCCAAUAAAGCUUGAAUGGAAGAUGCUUUUUUCGAAUUUCCUAAUAAGUGCAACGGCGAAGCGCCGAUCCUAGAUCCGUUUACCUAAUGAGCUAAGCAUCAAACUCCAGGGCCUAAUAGCGACUGC